GCAUGGGGCAAGCAGCAGGAAAGGAGGGCGGGGAUGACCAUGGGAUUGGGAUAGGGCGGGGAAGUCUAGCUGAGCGUCCUUGGGCCAAGAGGAGAAUUCCCAGAAUGCGAAACGCUUCUGACAAGCAGCCAGCUGCUUUACCAGCGCUGCCAGCACUGCCAGCACCGCAGUGCCACCAGCAACACCAGCAUCCUUCUGCUGCUCGAGGGACGAUGACCCCUCAGGGAAGGAAAACGAGGAAUGGUAAAAACAUGUCAGGAGAGGGAAAGCAGUUAGAGAAUGGGACAUUCUGCAGGGAAGUGGACUGUUUCUCAUCAGGAAGAAAUGAGCAGCCAAUUGCAAAAUUCUGUAUGUGGAGCAUCUGCCAAAAACCACUUCCUUAGUGGACAAAAAGCAAAAAAAAUCAUAACAAAUUACUCCAUAGAAGUGGAGCUCUGACGUAGCCAAAGAGGCAAUUUCCGACAGCCCCAUGACUGCACCGAGUCUAGGGGAGCAACACCAGGAUAGGGCACGGACAGCAGCUGGUGUGACAGGAGUGGGGAACUCCUGGUGAUCUGGGCACUUUCUCCUUCAUGUUACUGACCUGGGAGGAUCCACUUUAGGACAUGGAUCCCAAAGGAGCAAGAGGUACCAGGAAGCACCGCUGAUCUGCACAGACCCCCUGUGCCUGCUGCUGCCCCACAGUGAACAGGGAGCUGCUGAGGAGCUGCAUGGUCCAUCCCUGGAUUCUCCAAGCACUGACUCCCAUCCACUCUGACCACAACCAGGGACCACAUCCCACUGCCUGCCAGUGGCCCUCCAUGGAAUUCACCACCGUGUCCCCAUCUCCUGCCUCACCCAUGGAAGGGGACGAUCUCUGUGAGACAGAUGUCAUGGAUGUGUCCAUAGACAGUGUCACGCUGCUCAUUUGCCUCUGCGGGCUGGCUGGGAACGGGGCUGUCCUCUGCUUUCUCCAAAGAAAUUCCACCACCUUAUACAUCAUCAACCUGGCCUUUGCCAACUUCACUUUCCUCCACUUUGCGGUCCCCUCCUCUCUGCUCUACCUGCUGGAGGACCUGUCCUGCUCCACUGUCGUGUCCCUGAAUUACCUGAGGUGCCUUCUCCUGCUAUCCCUGUUCUCCUACAACCUGGGGCUGUACCUGCUGACAGCUAUCAGCAUCGAGAGGUGCACGUCCAUCCUCUGUCCAUUCUGGUAUCGCUGCCACCGUCCCAAGCGUCUGUCCUGGGUGGUGUGUGCCCUUCUCUGGGCUUUCUCCAUCGCUGUCAUUGUCACGGUUACUUCCCUGUGCCUGUCACAGGAGCAUGAGCACUGCCAGAUGUCUCUCAUCUCCAUGUACACCCUCAACCUCUUCAUUUUUACCCCAGCCAUGCUCAUUUCCAGCACAAUCCUCUUCAUUAAGGUCAAGUGCGGCUCCCACGAGCAGCAACCCAAGAGUUACGACAUUGUUAUUUUCCUUGUUGUGCCCUUCUUCCUCAUCUUUGCUCUCCCCCUCAGCCUCUCCAACUUCCUGCAGCAGCUCGAUUACACGGUUGUGUCCUCUCAGAUUGUUUUCCUGCUGGCCUGCAUCCACAGCACCAUCAACCCCUUCAUCUACUUCCUGGCAGGGAGGUGCUGGAGGCGCUGCUCCGUCAGGUCCCUCCGGCUCUCCCUCCAGAGGAUCUUUGAGGAGACAGAAGAAAGCAAUGCCCGUGGAAAUGAUCCUGCCAUGGACACAGUUCUCCCAGACUGCUGAUCCCUUCCACUACUCUGCUGCAGGACCCCAGGACAGUGGCUGAGAGAUUCCUUGAGUCACCUGAUUAAUAAAUAUCCAUGGUAC